UUCAUCGAACAUAGAAUAUUCUUUGCACAUUUUAGCCCCUUGCAAAAUGGAGGAAGAUCUUGGAGGGGCAUAUUCCGCGCCCGGGGCGCUGGGCAAUGGCGAGGGGAGCUCGUGCCUGGCGCCAGGAUCCACGCACGGCGUCGUCAUCAGCUACCAAUUAUAUGGAAUUGGCGCCACAAAGCUACUGCUCAUACCAGGACUUGCUUGUGGCCAUGGUUUCUGGGGGCCUUAUGUUCGUGAGCUAACCAGUAGUGCUUCUAACAGUGGUACGCCGAGUGAAGUGGAAGAAGAAAGCAAUGAGUUUUGUAGUAGCUUUGAAAACGAUGGCGGAGUUCAGAUCUGUACUUUUGACAACAGGGGAGUGGGAAACAGCUCAAUUCCCACACAAAAGUCCGAGUAUUCGACGACAAUCAUGGCUAUGGAUGCACUUUCUUUGCUUGAUUUCCUCGGCUGGAAACAGGCUCACAUCUGUGGUCACUCCAUGGGUGCAAUGAUCGGAUUCAAACUGGCAGCAAUGGCCCCCCAACGAGUUCUCUCUUUGACGCUUAUAAGUAUCACCGGUGGCGGAUUCCAGUGCUUUCCAAAGAUGGAAUGGCGGUCACUCUCGAUUGCGUACAGAUUUCUCACGGCUAAAACACUCGAGCAGAGAAUUCUUGUGGAUCUAGACACGCAUUACACGCGCGACUACUUGAAUGAAAUUACCGGGGGAGUACAAAGAAAGAACAUCCUUUACAAGGAGUACCUGAAAAACAUGGAGACUGGUGGAAUGCAACCGAAGGCUGGCUUAAAUGGUCACAUUCAUGCCUGCUGGUGUCACGAAGCCAAAGACUCCGACAUACAGCAAAUACGCGCGGCUGGAUUUCCUGUGGCAGUCAUCCAUGGCAUAGAUGACGUUAUUGCACAGAUUCGCUAUGGAAAACGCUUGGCGCAACGAUUGGGGAGCUCAGCACGGUUUUGGGUGCUUUCUGGUGGCCACCUUGUAACUCACCAGAACACAAAAGAGGUUGCUAAGAUUUUGGCUGAGGUAAUUCGCACUACCUCCCUACAAUCAAGUGACUGGAGCAGGAGCAACACAAAGACUGAGAGCGAGGAAGGAAGAGAAAGCCGAAGCUUUUGGAAGAGAGUACAAAGGCUUCUCUGUGGUUGCUUCUGCGUCGUAGCAGUUACUUCAUGGCUUCUCGUAACCUUUGCGCUGUGAUUUUGUAAGAAAAAUAAGACAUUCUCCAUAAACAGUGUUACAACAUAACAGAUCAAUGAUAAUUGUUUUUAAUCCAU